AUGACGGUUGUUCCUAGUGUCAUUGAUAUCACAGUGGUCACUCCCUAUGAAUCCCAAGUAACACUCAAGGGAAUAUCCACUGAUAAAAUACUAGAUGUGAAGAAGCUAUUGGGCUCUCAUGUGGAAACAUGUCACCUCACCAAUUACUCACUCUCACAUGUGGCUCGCGGGCACCGGUUAAACGACGGCGUGGAAAUCGUUUCGCUAAAGCCAUGUGUACUUAAGAUCGAGGAAGAGGACUACGCGUGCGAGGCACACGCGGCGGCGCACGUGCGGAGGCUCCUCGACAUCGUCGCGUGCGCCACCGUAUUCGGCAAAGCCAAAGAAGGAGUCGGCAAACCGAAGAAACCCCACCACUCCCCCUCUUCUCCCUCCUCCUCCUCCUCCUCCUCCGCCUCCGCCUCCGCCAUUUCCACCUCGAAUUCGACCAACAAUGGCAAAUCCCCAUCCGGGCCUCCUCCCUCUCCCUCUCCCUCGGAUGCGGAGUCUCCGGCACCCGCCAUCUCCGACAGGUUCGACAUGGCCGCGAUACACCCCGCGCCGAAGCUCGGGGACUUCUACGAGUUCUUCUCCUUCGCCCACGUGGUCUCUCCGAUCCAGUUUUUGCGGCGGCGCGAAGGUGGGAUCUGCGCGGAGAGGCGGGAGGGCGACUAUUUCGAACUCGAGGUUAAAGUUUGUAAUGGGAAGCUUCUAAAUAUAGUUGCCUCUGUCAAAGGAUUUUAUACAACUGGGAAGCAAUAUAUCCUAAGCCGCUCCCUCGUGGAUCUUUUGCAGCAGCUUAGCAGCGCAUUUGCAAAUGCCUACGAGUCCCUAAUGAAAGCUUUUGUAGACCAUAACAAGUUUGGUAAUCUCCCGUACGGAUUCCGUGCCAAUACCUGGCUUGUGCCCCCUAUAUUUGUCGAUUCUUCUUCGAAAUGUCCCUCUCUCCCUGUUGAAGAUGAGAACUGGGGUGGGAAUGGUGGUGGUCAUGGGCGAGAUGGUAAAUACGAUAAACGACGUUGGGCGACAGAAUUUUCAAUCUUGGCGAGAAUGCUAUGCAAAACGGAAGAGGAGAGGCUGAUCAGAGAUAGGAAGGCCUUUUUAUUACAAAAUCUUUUUGUAGAUACAGCAAUUUUUAAAGCUGUCAAAGCAAUACGUGGUCUCAUUGACUCCAAACCAAAUUCAACUGCUUCUGGGCAUGGUCUUAAUGGCUCAAUUCUGCAUGAAGAACGAGUUGGAGAUUUGUACAUGGUUGUGAAAAGGGAUCAGUUAGAUGGUAGCUCGAAGCAGGAGGAGAAAGUUGAUGGGAGUGUGUUGCUUAACAUGAGCCCUAAGGAUGUCUCUGUAAGAAAUCUUCUUAAAGGUUUAACGGCUGAUGAGAAUGUUGUUGUUAAAGAUACUGCCACCUUAGGAGUUGUUGUUCUUAAACAUUGCGGAUAUACUGCAACUGUUAGGGUUUCAGGACAUGUAAGAGAAACAAACGAUGCAAAUCUGGACAUUGUUGUAGAUGAUCAACCAGAUGGAGGUUCUAAUGCCUUGAAUAUCAACAGCUUAAGAAUACCACUUGCCAAAUUUUCUGUGGAUCCAUCGGUGGAAAAUCAGCAUUCUCCUAAUUCUCAUUCUGGAAGUUCAACACGGAUUUUAGCACGAAAAGUACUUUGUAACAGCUUGACUAAAUUAGAGAAAGAAUCGAGCAAUACCAACAGGUCGAUUCGAUGGGAGCUUGGUGCUUGCUGGUUUCAACACUUGCAGAAAAAGGACAGUUCACCUGCUGAGGUGUCGAAGGGAAAGAAGGAGGAUACUCAGACUGAAUCACCAGUUAAGGGUCUCGGAAAGCAUUUUGAACAGCUAAGGAAAAUCAAAAAGAAAACAGAUAUUGUGGAUGGUAACCCCGAGAAGGAUGAUUCUGCGAAAAGCAGCGUACGUGAAACAGAUGCAGUGAAUGAGGAGCUCAAACAGUCUGUAUCGACUGAGGAAAGUGAGAUUAGGAAAUUGCUGCCUGAAGAAGCCUUUUGCCGUUUGAAAGAUUCAGGGACUGGUCUUCAUCAGAAGUCUCUAGAUGAGCUCACCAUGAUGGCACAUAAGUUCUAUGAUGAGGUCGCACUUCCAAAGCUGGUGGCGGAUUUUGCAUCACUUGAGCUUUCUCCAGUUGAUGGAAGAACCUUAACAGACUUUAUGCAUACAAGGGGGCUUAAUAUGUGCUCGUUAGGACGUGUGGUGGAACUUGCAGAGAAGCUACCACACAUACAGGCGAUAUGCUUUCAUGAGAUGGUUAUUCGAGCCUUCAAGUACAUUCUGCGAGCGGUGGUUGCAGCAGUUGACAAUUUGUCAGAUUUGUCCUCCGCAAUUGCUGAGACCUUGAAUAUCUUGUUGGGGUCCUCAACAGUAGUAACUGAUGACCAAGAUUUGCUUGUUGAACAAACUCUUACCAAGAAGUGGGUAGAAACCUUCAUCGCGAAGAGGUUUUCUUGGAGACUAAGGGAUGAAUUUCAGCACUUGAGGAAAUUUGUACUUCUUCGAGGACUUUGUAAUAAGGUUGGAUUGGAAUUGGUUGCUAGAGACUACGACAUGAAUAGCCCAAACCCCUUUGAGAAGUCUGAUAUUAUCAGCAUGGUUCCUGUUUACAAAUACAUGGCCUGUACCUCUGCAGAUGGUCGGAACUUAUUGGAAUCUUCAAAGACUGCAUUGGAUAAAGGAAAGCUAGAUGAUGCUGUCAGUUAUGGCACAAAGGCAUUAUCUAAAUUGAUAGCGGUUUGUGGCCCAUAUCAUCGAAUGACGGCUAAUGCUUACAGUCUUCUUGCAGUAGUUCUUUAUCACACUGGAGAUUUUAAUCAGGCUACUAUAUAUCAGCAGAAGGCUCUUGAUAUCAAUGAAAGAGAGCUUGGUCUUGACCAUCCUGAGACCAUGAAAAGCUAUGGGGAUCUUUCUGUCUUUUACUACCGACUCCAACACAUUGAAUUGGCUUUGAAAUAUGUGAAUCGUGCACUCUAUCUUCUUCAAUUCUCGUGCGGCCUCUCACAUCCGAAUUCUGCCGCAACCUACAUAAAUGUAGCAAUGAUGGAAGAAGGCAUGGGUAAUGUUCAUGUUGCUCUCAGAUACCUACAUGAAGCCCUAAAAUGCAACAUAAGAUUGCUUGGUGCCGAUCACAUACAGACUGCUGCGAGCUACCAUGCCAUUGCCAUAGCUCUUUCCAUGAUGGAUGCAUACACAUUAAGUGUGCAACAUGAACAAACGACUUUGCAGAUACUUCAGGCAAAACUUGGAUCAGAGGAUCUUCGUACUCAGGAUGCUGCUGCGUGGCUGGAGUAUUUUGAAUCGAAAGCUUUAGAGCAGCAAGAGGCUGCUCGAAGAGGCAUCCCGAAGCCUGAUGCAUCUAUUGCCAGUAAAGGUCACCUGAGUGUAUCAGAUCUUCUUGACUUCAUAAACCCAGACCAAGAUACAAAAGAGAGAGAUGCGCAAAGAAAGCACCGGCGUGCAAAGUAUUUAAUGCAGAACACUAGCAGAUCUAACCAAGAGGAGUUCAUUAAAAGUGAAGUCAAUUCCCAGCAUGGUAUGGAAAAUGCGAACAUUCAAACAGUGAAAGAAGAGCCUACAAAAUCAAGAAGGCCUCAAGAACGCCUAGAAAAGGUCAAAGAAGUCAAAAAAGUCGAUAAAUUCAUUCCCAAUGAAUUACAACAAAGUGAUUUACCUUCCCCCGAGGAAUCUUCAGAUGAAGGAUGGCAAGAGGCCGCAUCAAAAGGACGAUCCGUUCAAACGCGACGAAAAAGGCCAAAUCUUGCCAAAUUACUCGUAGAUAGCUCAGAAAAUACAGGUUAUUCGAGUUACAGAAGAAAAAAUAUGCCACAAGCACAUAGAGGCAAUAUUGUUGAGCCAAAAAGCACGUCAAGUGAGUCUUCUUCUUCACCUGGAAAAGCUCUUUUACAGGCUAAGACUUCUGAAUCUUUGAUUAAAUCUGAUCAAAGCACAAAAGCUUCUAGCUCGAGCAGGGUGGCCACUAUUGCUUCAAAGUUGGUUUCAUACAAGGAAGUAGCGGUAUCGCCUCCUGGCACUGUCUUGAAGCCAGUUUUAGAAAAAGAAGAAGAACGAGAGGCAAAAAACGAUGAGACAAAAGAUGCGGAGGCAAAAAACGAUGAGACAAAAGACGAGGAAGCAAAAAACGAUGAGACAAAAAAUGAGGCGGCGGAAAACGAGGAGGCAAACAACGAGACCCAAGAAGUUAUAAAUCAGUUCAACAUAUCAGAGGAUGAGAAUAAAGUUGAAAAGACGAAAUUUGAAAUGGAAUUACCAAUUGACGAUGCUGAGAAAGAGAUGAACUCGAGUCCUGUUGAAGAAGCAACUUCAGAGGAAAAAUCUCCGAAGAGCGAUGAUAACAAAAAUUCAUUAGAACCCAAGAAAGAUACAACAAGCGGAAGCAAACUCUCAGCUUCGGCUCCUCCGUUUAAUCCGGGCUCGCUUUUAUCAAUGUCCCACCCGUACAAUACAGUCGCGAUUUAUGAUAUGAAAGUUGUUCACCAGGCAUUUCCAAAUGCAACUAUGGAGAUCCCCUCGCCUCACUCUAUUAAUACUAGAGUCACUCGCGGUCCAAGAUCGAAUUUGCAUUAUAGAGCUGGAAGUUCUUUCCGUAGGAAGCCGGGCUUCUCAAACAGCCAAAGCGCGGUUGCAAGAAGUAGCCUCUCUUCUAGCGUAAUGAAUCCUCAUGCAGCUGAGUUCGUCCCUGGGAAAGCGUUGCAGCAAAUUAAAAAAGAUUUAGAUGCUCAAAAUCCCGAAAACUAUAUAGAGGAGGGGACUUCAGAUGAAGUUUUUAAAGAAGAGAUAAAAAAAGCUGAAAAAGUUAGUGAGGGAGGAAAGAGUAAAGAAACUAGAGGCAAAGAUAACACACAGAAUGAGCAAAAGACCGAGCUUGCGAGACAAAUUCUGCUUAGCUUCAUUGUUAAGUCAAGUCGGAACAGUUUGAGCGAUUCGGUUGAGACUCAGGAAAUUAAGGAACCAAAUGCUGCCGAAAGCAUGCAAAGUGGAGAGCAGAGUAGCAAUAUGGUAAACAAUGAUUCUGGUCUUGAGCAAUUGAGGAAAGCAGAAAUUCGAAAAGGCGAAAAGGAUACCGAAGGUUUCACAGUGGUCUCCAAGAGGAGAAGAAGCAAACAGAAUUUCAUGAAUGCUGUGAACGGGUUGUAUACGCAGCAAUCCAUCUGUACAACCGUCGGAUAAAUAGUCUUUGCAACUGCUUUUUACGGGUUUCUUCGUAGUAAAACUUCUGAAACAGCGUAAGAAAAUCUUUGUGGAAGAGGUGUUUUCUCUUCUCAAAAAGUGCUUUUGCUUCUCUCACUAAUUGCGCGAGGCAUCAGUUUACUCUGUGAAAAGUUUUCGAGAGAUUCCAAGUCAGCUAUGGAAUUUUCCUACAUGCCAAAUAACCUUUUGCUGAUACGGGGCAGUCGGAGCUCAAGAGCAUGGAGGUUUCCCUUAGUUACUCGCUUUCGUCAUCUAUUUUACACUAUAUUCUAAUCUAUGCAUGAAGCUAGUGAUCCUUUUGAUGGAAUUAUGGGAUCUUCUGCAAACUCAAUGUGAAUAAUGAAUCGAGUAUUCCGUGCCAAAUUAUGUCUUGCGAGACUAUAUAAUUAAUAAAGUAUUUUGUGUCAAAUAAUGUCUUUCUUAUUAGGCAAAUUGUCCAAUCCUUAUUUACGGAUUUUUGUAAAGGUUAUUUUAUGGGUGAGGAUAAGUUAUCUGGUGAUAACUUUGUGCGCUGUAAGGAUUUUCUUUUGUGAUUGUGAGCUGAGAAUUUGAGUUUAGUUUCUUGUAAGAUCUUGGUAAGCCAUGAUUUAUUAUGACUGUGCAUUCCAUCA